AUGUCUAACGAGGCUCCGGCGGACAAUGAGGUUGCGGCCCAAGUCAGGGCGGCCGUUGCUGGCGACUUCCAGCCAGAGCACAUCGACGGCUUCCCUAUGAGGCCUAACAAGGGAUCGGUCGAUCUGGGUUCGAUCGAUGUUCGAUCCUCGAAGCCUCCGGUAAAGGAGGACGACGUUGAUCCUGACAAGCGGCGAGAGUCCGCGGAAAAGCAGAAGUCCGCAAUGGACUUGAAAAAGAAGAAGGAAAAGAAGAAGAAUCUCGAGCGUCAAGCGCUGGAGACGCGUCGAGUAAAAUCCAGGCAAAGGGGGGAGCCUGAGGAAGAAUCCCCCGAUGAGGACGAUGGCGGCGAUGGUGACGACGAUAGCGAUGAUUCCGAGGGAAUGGCGUCCCAUCUCGACCGGAUCCUCGAGGGCCCACCUCAGACCGGCGUCGACGUCCCGCGGACGGGAGUCCAAAAGGGGGCGCCAAGCAGGUCUCAUGAAAGUCAGCAGAGGGAGUCGUCUCCACGCCGUUCCCGCGCCGACACUCCUUUAGAACCCGCUCCAGGUCGGACCGUCCCCCGCCCCCAACCUCCUCCUGCGUCUAAGGCGGGCCACCGGGUUAAGUCCCUGACGACGGGGCCGUUGACUCGUGGUCACGCUGCGGCCUCGAUUAAGGGGGGAACGGAUCGCGAGAGUACCAGUCCAAGUGCUGGCCAGGCGGGAAACGCCGAGCCGAGACCGGCGCCCGCUCGCGAGGGGCCAGGAGCCUCGACAUGGGGUAGCUCGAAGCCUGCUGGUCGAGGGACCGGUAGGCGGGUCGCCCUUCCUGUGGGGUAA